AUGCGCAGUCGCAGCCUCGAGGUGGUGCCCCUUCAGAGCUCCAUCCUCUGUAGCGGUGAGAUUGGACUUGGUGGUGGCGGCGAGGUGGUAGUCAACUCGUCCAAAGACAGCUAUGAGCCUGGUGCUCCACUACGCCCAGGUGGAGCUCACUCCAGCACGGCCGCAGCUGGGACUGCUCCAGGUGGUGUGGCUGGUGGCAUUGUAGGUGCGGGUGGAGGGACGGGAAAUGCUCUUCCACCUGUGGCUGUAACACCCUCCGGUCCGGGGGGCAGUUUGGUUCCACGGAAUCCUGGGCUGACAAGGUUGCCAGGACACAGGCCUGGAUUCAGACCAAAGGGGAUACGAUGUGAAAACGCAGCUCCAAGUUCACUUCAAAAUUGCAAAGGAACCGCUUUGAGGUGGUAUUAUGACAAAAAUACACUGAGAUGCGCCCUUCACUACGUUGGAGGUUGUAGCUUUAAGCCUGGCUAUCUCUUAUGUCCCCGAUGUGCGAUCUCAUGUAUGGGUCUCUCGAACGCCAGACAAAUCAGGCAGUUUUGCAGCAAUGCUACCUUAGAGAAGUUUCCCAAACGAGAAUGAGUUUGGAUCAUCUGUUGCAUGAUUCUGUAUGCCCGGUUUCCGCGAAUCGAGUAGGGUCUGACCUUGCUGUGUUGAAAGUGACAAUAAAGUACGCGGAAGAUGCAACACAG